AUGGUUGCUCUACGAAUCCGUCCGGCUAUUGUGCUCUUUGGAGACUCAAUCACAGAACAAGCCUUUGGCGUGGAGGGCAAGGUUGGCUGGGCUUCACUGUUAGCCAGUGACUACGCACGUCGAGCCGAUGUCCUCAACAGGGGUUUCUCGGGAUACAACACACAGAUGGCACUACCUCUUCUUCCCAAAGUCUUUCCUCCCAGCAAAGAUAACCAAGAGGGAAGUGGUAUUUUGUUUUGUACCGUGUUCUUCGGAGCCAAUGAUGCAUGUUUGCCCGGGGAGCGACAGCAUGUACCAAUUGAGGAAUAUGCAAAAAAUCUCGAAACAAUCAUUGGCACUAUUCGUGCAUGCUUCAACAUUUUCAGCUCCGCUGCUACAAAGGAUGACGACAAGUUUCCCAUUAUCCUGAUGACACCCCCACCCUUUGACCCUGCUGCUUGGAGGAAAUGCCGCGACUUGGAAGAAGAUGGACGCGCCAACAAUGUGGCUAAGUCAUAUGGAGAAAAGGUACUGGAAUUGGGAAAAUCUCUAGGCUGUUCCGUCCUCAAUGUGUGGAAUCUGCUAGAGGGAGCAACUUCCCCAGAGGUUUAUGGCCGAUAUCUGAGUGAUGGCUUGCACCUUAACGAGGAGGGCAAUCGAAAAGUACAUGAAGGAUUGAUGGAGCUGAUUGGUAAAGACCACCCUUCGUUGGCUCCACUGGAAGCAGGCGCCACGGGAGAAGGUCUGGCUGUGGAGGAAAAGCUGUGGAGAGAGCUUUGCUAG